UCUGCCUUUAAUUCUCUAUACUUCUCAACCCGUAUUUUUUGUUUUCAGUUUGAUCCCUUGAGUUCACUGUGAUUAUGAUUAAAAAAUAAGAAGAAAAAUGAAAAAAAACUCUUUUAUAAAAAAAAUAUUCGAAAUUACGAACUACACUUGUCUGGGUAAUUGUUUUGUUUUAUUACUCCUAUUUCGUUUUUGUUUUCUUCACAGUUCACAGCAACGCUGGACAGCCCUAGAUUCUGUAAAAGGAGAAAGAAAGUUGGAACGAUUUUCAAAGCAAUCAGUUGAACAAUCCAACAACCUAGAGAUUAUGUAGAAUGGAAAGGGGAAUUCCAGCAACUUCGAAGCAAGUGGUCGAACGAUCAGCAACCUAGAGAUGAGUCUUGCGACUGAUUCUCCGGUACACUCGUCAAGCAGUGACGACUUUGCUGCAUUUCUUGAUGCGGAUUUAGAUUCUACUUCUGACACAUCACCUGAUCAAGAAGACGAGGAUGACGAGGAUGACCAUGACUCUAAUGCAGAGAGGAUUAAAAGGCGUAAGGUGGUGUUGGAAAUGGUCGAAGAUCAACAAGAUUCAACUUCACAUGGAAAUCCAGAAAAAUUUUUAGAAGUAUCUGCAGAGAAGGAUUUGUGUGCACAUCCUGGUGUUAUUGGAGGAAUGUGCAUACGAUGUGGCAAAAAGGUGGAUGAUGGUUCUGGUGUGGCAUUUGGGUAUAUCCAUAAGGAUUUAAGGCUCGCUAAUGAUGAAAUUGCUCGAUUACGCAACAGAGACCUGAAGAAUUUAUUACGUCAUAAAAAACUUUACUUGGUGCUUGAUUUAGAUCACACACUGCUUAAUUCAACUCGACUCGUAGAUGUAACACCAGACGAAGAGUAUUUAAAUAGCCAGAUGGAUGCUUUGCAAGGUGAUGUUUUAAAAGGUAGCCUGUUCAAAUUACACUUCAUGCACAUGUUGACCAAGUUGCGGCCUUUUGUUCACACAUUCCUAAAAGAAGCAAGCAACUUGUUUGAGAUGUACAUAUACACAAUGGGUGAACGGUCCUAUGCAAUGGAAAUGGCAAAUCUGCUUGACCCUGAAAAGGUGUAUUUCCAUUCUAGAGUCAUUGCACAAAAUGAUUGCACACAGAGGCAUCAGAAAGGUCUUGAUGUGGUGCUGGGUCAAGAAAGUGCUGUGCUGAUCCUUGAUGAUACAGAACCAGUUUGGGUAAAGCAUAAGGAUAAUCUGAUACUGAUGGAAAGAUAUCAUUUCUUUGCUUCGAGUUGUCGACAAUUUGGCUUCAAUUCUAAGUCUCUUUCUGAGCUAAAAAGUGAUGAAAAUGAGGCUGAUGGAGCCCUUAGUACCGUUCUUAAAGUUUUGAAGCGUGUCCACAGUAUGUUCUUCGAUCCGGAACUCGGGGACAAUCUCGAGAACAGAGACGUAAGGCAGGUGUUGAAAACAGUGCGGAAGGAGGUUCUAGAUGGGUGUAAAGUUGUCUUCAGUCGGGUUUUUCCAACUAAAUUCCAGGCUGAAAAUCACCACCUAUGGAAGAUGGCAGAGCAGUUGGGAGCUACAUGCACUACAGAAAUCGAUCCAUCAGUGACGCACGUGGUGUCUACAGACAAAGGAACGGAGAAGUCCCGUUGGGCAGUGCAGGAGAAGAAGUUUCUUGUCCAUCCAGGGUGGAUAGAAGCUUCAAACUAUUUAUGGAAAAGACAACCCGAAGAGAAUUUUCCUGUUAACCAGAUUAAGAGCUAAUGAGUUGGUUUCUAUGUUUUUUUUUUUGCACAGAGGAGCCAAUUUGCGGGGAUCUUUAUCACUUAAUUCUUUUAUUUUGACAAUGUGAUAGGUUAAAACUGAUGACAACAAAUAGAAAUGUAGAUGUAAAUGGCAGUAUACUUGUUUUGACCCAUACUCAGCAUGUAUGACUUGCAUCAGCUUGUAGUAUUUUGAAUUUCUGCUUUAAAUGGUGGUUGCAAGGGAUAAAAGAUUAUUCGUACACAA